AUGGAAUCUCAGAGGUUUAAGCGCAGCAAACGUGAUCAUGAUACCAGAUACACACAACCUCGCAUGAAAACCAAUUAUGAAUUGGAACUGGAAGCUGCAAAGAUUUAUACUCGGGGGAUAUUUUUUGAUGUUCAAGAAGAAAUUCGACUUGCUUGCAAGAAUUGUAUGUGCAGGCGUGAAGAAGAAGUUGGUGAUUCAAUUAAGUUUUAUAUUCUACAGGUCAAUCUUCCUGGCCUUCAUGAGGUUCUUUUUACUCCUAAGGAUAUGGUAAUUAAAUGCAGCUGCAACCGAUAUGAGCAGUAUGGUUUGCUAUGUAGGCAUGCCUUUUGUGUUCUUCGUCUUUGUGGUAUAAAGGAGUUCCCUAAAAAAUAUGUUAUGGGGCGUUGGACAAGAGAUGUUGUUCCAAAAAAGACAAAAGUUUCGAGUUUUGAUCAAAAUGCUGCUGGUAAUCAAGUUGAACGUGCUUCCAGCAUUGUGCGUGAGAUAAUGACUGCAACUGAACAUAUUGUUAACCGUCUUGUUACAAAUAUUGACCUGUUAUCGUCGUAUAGAGACCAAGUGAUCGAGUCGAAGUUGAAGGUUGAUUCUGCUGACCUUCCUGCAGAAUCAUUUGACAAGAAUGCAAGAUUAGCUAAUAUUCUUCAUGCUGAUCAGCCAUGUUCAUCGUCUUCUGCUACCAUUCUUCCACCUAGUGGUAUUAGAAACAAGGGGUGUGGUUCAAACAAACGCUUAAAGUCUUUUCGUGAGGUAUCAUCUUCAAGAAUAUCAAAGAAAACUAAAACUAGAGGUUGUUUGAAAUGUGGAGGUCAUGGACAUAAUAGUCGGACUUGUAAGAUGAAGACUACUGUUGCUGAUUCCCAGAAGAGCAGUUAG